AUGCCGGGACCAGCCCCUUUGACAUCUGGUUUCGUCGCAAUAAACAAAUGUUCGCCCGCCCAGACCCCUCCGGCGGUGUCACCGCCAGUUCUCCACCAGGCACAUGACGCUCAGAAAACAGGUUAUGUGAAGCAGGCAAAUCAUGUAAAUCAUGUACAUCAUGGACAGCCUCAUCAAGUACCGCAGACGAAUACGCAGCCAUCACCACAAUUUAUUCCCAAUCAGAUGCCACCGCCUCCGCCUCAACAACCUCAACAAGCACAUCAACAACAACAACAACAUCAACAUCAUCAACAACAACUUCAGCAACAGCAGCAGCAGCAAGCACAACUUCAGCAACAAGCACAACAACAACAACAUCAUCAUCAUCAGCAACAACAGCAGCAAUACAGUCCUCAACUACAAUACGACAUGGCUUACCAUCGGCACGCAAUCCGGCCAGACCAUAUGGAGAUUGACGACGGAAAUGAUAGUGAUGCUACCGUCAGUGAGCGGGAAGACGGACACGUCGACUACGAGCCACACUAUCAAACCGUCAACCUAGGACCCUACCGCGAGUCGAUUCCAUGGAUCUUCAGCCCGCCGAGGCAUGUACCAUAUGCAACGUCAGUGGAGGUCGUCACCCUGUUAACGGACACGCCACUUCGGAUCAAGCCCCUGUACGCCCACGACGAUCUCCAGUCGGAGCAAGCGUUUAUGGAACGACUGUUCAACAUAGGCAACAUCAUCGGAAAGGGUGGGCACGCGCCAAUCUUCUCAUCCAGCACGGGCGAGUACAGGUUCUUCGCGGAGCGAGACCGCGAAGUGGCCGCGGCGUACGGGUUCGCGAACGAGGAGCAGAUGUUCAAGUAUCUCGACGACAUCAAGGGCACCGGCGAGAUCCCCGACCCGGCAGAGAAGCGGUUCCAGUGUCCGUGGCACGAAAUCGACGUCAUCUUCGAGCCGCGCAAACGCGGCAACGUCGAGCCCUCGAAAAGGAGACCAAAGGCCGUCGUCGUCAAGCCCGACCGGGACAUGGCGACAGACCGGGAAGAGCCCACGUCUUCACCCAACAACGAGCCCGGCGAAGACACCGUCAUGACCAACGGCGACACCACAGACUAUACAUCCAUCUCGCUCCCAUCCAUCCCCUCGUUUCCCAUGAGUGAUGCUGCUGCUGCUGCCGCCGCCGCCGCCGCCGCCAUGAACCCACCCAAGAAGAAAUACCAAGUGCCCAAACGCAUCCCCGUCGACGCCAUCUCGCACCCAAUCUGCAUGGAAGACCUGAUCCACGCCGUGACCCGGCACCCCUUACUCCUGCCCUCCAACCCGGUCACGGUCGACUUCAUCAUCGCGCACGCGCCGCACCUGCUGCAGAACGUCAGCCUGCUCUACAUUCUCGCGCACGGCGAGCUCGAGAACGAGGGCCUGAGCGAGCGGCUCGGCAAGCUGGGCCUGGACGUGGCGCCGAAUGUGCUGGCGCACCGCAAGAAGAAGGCGCUCAUGGACAUGGGCGGCGUGUACGGCGAUCGCAAGCCGCAGUACGAGGCGUACAAGAAGACGCUGAAGCGCAAGCCGGGGUGGCGCAAGGGCACGUCGGGGCUGGGGCUGGGGUGUUGA